CAACAUUGAGUUCCUGCGUACACCUGAAAUGCGUAAUUUGUUGCGCAAAAUAUUUAUGAAGCAAUCAGGAACUAGGAAUACAUCGGACAGAGAAUUUAUUGAGCAGUUGAAAAAAGAGAUUAAAGGAGAACCAUCAAAGGUUGAGGAAGUUACAAUCAGUAGUGAUGAAGAUAUUAAAAAAGAAGUAUCGGCCGAUGAUCUUGAGAUUAUUGAAGCCCCGCAUUUAAGGCGGAAGAAGAAAGAAAUGAAUCGGAAAAGAAAAUCUAGAUCCCGGUCAACUUCUAGCAGUCUGGAGUCAAGGUCAGAGUUAAGGAAAGAGAAGAAGACUCCUCCAACAAGUAGAUCGUCAGCCCAAAGAUCAAAUGAAUCGAGGGAAAAAUCAGACACCUCAGGACAGUUCCGAUCCUCUCAACCUAAUUCUGGCAAUCGUUAUCCAGUUCCACUCUCACAGCCUCCACCCUUGCCAGUCCAGUCUCCUUCGAAACCACCAAAAAAAACCUCACGGUCUCCAGGACACAAGAGUCGAAGUCGGAGUAGGAGUAGGAGUAGAAAAAGGAGUAGCAGAAGCAGGAGUAGGAGUCGGAGUCAUAGUAGAUCAAAAAAGAAGUCUAGACGAAAGAGCAGAAGUCCUCGAACUAGAAGACAUGGGAGUCCACGACGGGACACAAGUCCACAUGGAAGGAGGACCAAAAGUCCUCAUGGACGCAAAGACAAAAGUCCGCACGGACAAAGAGAGAAAAGUCCGCACGGACAAAGAGAGAAAAGUCCGCAUCAUCGGAGGGGGAAAAGUCCGUUCAAUAAGAAAAGAGAGCCUACUCCUGAUUUAUUUACAAGGCGGAGCAAAGAACGGAGUCAUGAUCUUCAGAAGCCUAAAACUGGGGCUACCCAGUCUAGAGUUUCAAAUGAGAAGGAGACCAAGGAGAAGGUCCAGGAGAAGCUGUUCGCCUCCGUGGUUGGGUUUAUUGAUGAGAAAACAGGGGUUCUCAAAAUAACAUCUAAGGGAAAAAGGGAAAACCAGUUGGCGAUUUUUCAUAAAGACGUUCUUUGGGUUAUGAGUAGGAAUGUGUACACGAACUCGAUGUUGCUUGAGAAGUGUGUCUCUCCUUGUAAACUAGAGACUAUCCUACCCAUGGGAACAGGGGUGGCCCUCACUGCAAACAUUAUUGAUAUUCCUGGAUCCAUAUUCAUUCUACAGGCGAGUAAGGUUUGGCCAGCACUAGGUGCUGCCCCGGAUGAGAUUGUAUCUGAGGGUGAACUAGAGAAUCAGCUUAGUAUAUUUUUUACAACCUUCAAGCUCAGUAACUACGAACCCUUGGUUUUCGAUCAAAUAGAAACAAACAACCUCGACAUCUGGUCCGUCAAGGUGGCUGAGUGUAUAAACGAGGACUGGGGAAUGAUUGAGAUCAAAUCCUAUCCUAAAAUACCAGGAAGGAAUAGUGUCAAGAUGUUUUGCUUUUUCAACAAGUCUUGUAUUUGGUUAAAAAACGGCACAGCGGUGUCACAGUGUAAUGCUCAGAGGUUGCCACUAAGUCACUUGGUUGAAAUAAAUCAGCCGGUAAAUGUUGUUGCUAGAAGUGUUAUAAAUUCAAAGGGGUAUAGUAUGCUGGUGCAAGGUCAGGAACAGGUUCACCUGCAAGCUCUAGCUGUAUCCCUGGAUCCUAGUUGUAUUCCUGCUGGUGCUCCUCGAGGUGUUCUUCUACCUGAUGGUCCAGGCACCUUUGGUAUAGAUAUUGAGCAGCAUACUUCAUAUUUAUUUGAUAAAACUCUCAUGGAGAAAAUCAAUCUAGAGCUCUUUAAAUUUAUGAAGGAGUCGAGGAAGACAAUGGCGAAUAUUGACUUCAAUUGUGUUCCUAAAGCUAAACCAACUGAGAUCAAAACUUCUUCAAAGAUUACUCAUGUCAGUCGGUUAGUGUCCAGUGUUGCAAGGAUUAAGAAGCAGAUAACCCCUGAGUUCGGUGUGUUAGAGAACUUUAAUAAGACCUGGUCAGCUGUUUUCAGAACUGCGGACUGUGUUCUUGAUCUUGACAAAACCUACGCAGAAGAAUUCAAGGAGGGUACCAAGGUGUUAAUGAAUGCCUGCCUUGUAAAGGAGAAGAUGAGAGCUCAAUAUAUGGCUACUUCAGUAUGGAUCAUUGGUACACCCCAGAGUAUGGCAAUGCUGCACAAGGAUCUGUCAGCUGACCAGCUUCAUGUUUACAAUCAGGUGAAUAAUAUUCUGGAUGGGAGGGAUCCAAAUAUUCAGCAGGAGUACUUUGAUGCAGAGCAGGGAGAAGUUUCUGAUCAUCUUGAUUCUAACUUUGGGAUCAUCAACUUCAGAGCAGAGAAAGCUAUGUUUAAUCUUUCAGAGGUUUGGUUAUCCCAUGAGAGUACAGCGGCUAACCGUGGAUUAGAGCUAGCUAAUGUUCUACCAAGAGGAACUAAGGUUUUUCUUCACUGUUUGAUGUUGAACAGUACAACGGAGGUCAAGUAUUUGGCCACGGCAGUUUGGAAAGUUCAUCCUUCACCCUUUAACAGUGCUAAUAUGCCUCAACCAAUAAGGAUUAGUAGUCUACCAAAGGAAAAGAUUGAAGAAUUUAGAACAAGGCUUGAUCAAUUCCAGAUCCAUGGUAUCCCAGUACCAGAUAACCCCACUCUUAACACACAACCUUCCGACCCGGAGAUUUUUAUUCCUGAUCUCUCCCGUCCUCCUCCUGUACCGCUCUUCGGGGCUCCCAUACCUCAAGCUCAGCAUCAGAUGAUUCCAGUUGCGCCGAUGGAGUUGACCCAUGGUGUAGUCAAGUAUGGGUUGCAGAGGAAAGGAGAUAGAGUUUUAACUGGAGGCCUGAUCGAGUUCUUCCCUCCAGGACCUCCUGGAGUUCGGAAACCCAGUUUAGCGAUAUUCUCAGUGAGAUCCUUAUUGAACCAUGGGGGUUCAAACUUAUGUGUCCCGGAUACUAGGGUUACGUUCCUGCCCAUACCCAGAUCUGGAGGGGUAGAGAGUGCUGUGACCCAUAUUGGUAAUCUGGUGCACCUGACUGGCUACAUGCUGCCCCCUGGGGUCAAUACUAAAAUGGAGGCAGAUGGAAAGGAGAUAUUGGGACAGAUGAGGCACAGAGAUCUGUUGAGCCUGUUCAACACUGAUAAAAAGAUCCUAUUGUAUGGAAGCUCAGAUCAUUCCUUUGAACAACUUUACGAUACUAGUGCUCUAAUGUCGGCUGUACCACCUAGUAGUCACAGAUCGGUGAGAACUAUUACUGACUGUGUUGGUAUCUGUGCUGGAGUGUUCAAUGAAAACUUUGGUAUGAUUCAGUUCAGGCUUAGUGAUCAAGAGUUCAGGUAUUGCCUGUUUGACACCUAUGACUUGUUCGUUGAAGGAGGUGCCAGGGCAUCUGAGAAUGGAUUGGGUAUUUCAAAAAUUACCAAACUGGGGGAUAAGGUUGGAUUUCAUGCGGUUGAGAUUGAUGCAACACUGUCAAUGUCAUGGUUGGCUACUGGAGUCUGGCUUGGUUUACCAUUACCACCACCAACAGUUCAUCCUGAUACAAUCACUGAAAAUAAAAUUCAAGUUUUUAGACAAGUUAAUUCAUCUUGCUCCAACAUAAUUGCUAGUAUCAAACAUAAAAUGGUGACUGGGGCCAAUGAAGCUUGGAAAACCAAAAAGAUGUUCUCAUGCCCUGUUGCAAGCAUGCGUCUUGUUGAAGUGAGUGCAGUGAAGAAAUUCAAUCUUCCAGCUGCUCAGGAAUUGCCAUCCUUAGAUAUUCAAUCUUCUCACAUGCAAACUGCUGCAAUCCCACCAGUGUUUAUGAAUCAUCCAGGAGGGUUAGGUCCUCCAAGAGCCUUUGGUUCAAACAUGAGAGGUGGAGUAUCUGGAUUUAAUUCCAAUAGGCCAUGUCCUAGGCCUCAAGUUCCCAAAUCAGAUGAAAUCUAUGAUCCAAUUGACAGCUACACACAAUUUUUUAAAGAAAAAUACAAAGAUGUAGAUGUAGAGACGAGCAGUUCAGCAGACAAGAAUAGCUCAGCAAGGGAUGAUAAGGUUGACUCUGUUGCUAUGAGCAGAAAAGAAGAAUUGGACAAAAUGAAAUCUGAGAAGUUUUACAAAGAGUACAAAACUUUACAAGCCAAGUUUUCAAACAAAGAGUUAUUAGAAGAGCCCAAUCCAACAACUGAGAUGUCGGAUGGGUCAUGGGAGGACCUUCUUAGAAAAUGGAAACUUCAGACUGUUGUAUGGGUCAAGGAGGCCAGCCAACUGGAACAAACUGGGAGUACAGAAGAUUCUUUUCUUCCUAUCUCAUUGGCAGACUCCUCCACUGUUGCUGAAAUUGUUGAAAAGAUAGGACACUUUUUUGUUGUAAAGAUUGUUGACAAGAAUAUUCAUGCAUUAUUACACAAGGACAGAAUCUGGAUUAUUGAUCACAAACUCUUUGAAGGGGAAGCUUAUGUAAAAGACAGAUUUAAAGGAAGGAUUAGGGUAAAUGCCCGCAGAGUAUAUAUCACUGGAAUGGUCAAAUACCAGGUAACAUUUGGCCACUGUGGGUUGGUCCCUAACCAGGUUGGAGCAUACAAGUAUUCUGAAAAGAUGCUGGGAUUCAUUAAAAAAUGCCAAGACUUGAACACUCUUCAAGUUGAGCUGGAAGAUUAUAUGAAGAAGAAAGGGGAGAAGCAAGAAGACGUCAAGUAGCAAAGCUGCACACAAGAAUUUCAUCUUGUAAAAUCAAGAAAAUUAUUUUUAAACCAUUUUCUCAAAUCUCUUUUGUCUGAGUAAAUUGUAGGAAACACAAACUUGAUCAUCAUUAUUUUGCUUGUUAAUUUUGGCACUAAAGCUGAUGAUAUGAAUGAUUUUUUUAUCAACUUUAUGAUGUGUUGUAAUUUGAAUCCUAGAAUCUUACAUAAUUGACUAAAAAAUGCUGAAGGAUUUGUUUAUGGAUAUAUGAACUCAGCCAGUUUAUAUGGAAAUCAAUGUCAUGCAUUUUCUUUAGAUUUUGCACAUAGCUGUCAGCCAAAUUUUUAUAAAUCUAUAUAGUAUAGGGUGGCUGACUUGAUAUAGUAUUACCUGUAUUUAAAUCAUUAAAUUAAAUCUAAAUCAAUCCCAUCUUUAAAUAAAUCUUUUUACCUUCCUUAAA